CGGAACAAAACACAACAGAAGCGUAUAAAAUAUUUUCCCCAAAUUAAUGAGAUGAAUAACAAGCACAAUGACCUCUGAAAAAUCAGCAGCACACACAAAAAAUGGAGUAAAAACUCCCAAAAAACGCAGGUCUGAAAGCGCAUACAGAAAACAACCUUCCGGACAUCAAAAUGAGAAUCUGACCGUUGGAUUUGAAGAGGAGUAUGUGAGGAACAACAUACUAAAAUUUGAGCACGAUCGGACUUCGUUUGGCCUUAGAUCCGGACUGAAAACGGGGCUGCUGCACAGUGUGGCGGAAAUCCUGUUUUUUCUUCUUUUCUCCUGCAAGAAGACGAAGAAGAUGUCUGAGUAUUUGCCUCCUGAAGUCAUCACACAAAUCCUCAUAAGACUCCCGGUGGAGUCGGUGGUGAAAUGCACAGCCGUUUGCAAGGCUUGGUACAAUCUCAUCAAAGAUCCGUCUUUCAUUUCGGGUCAUCUGGAAGCUGCGUCUGCGUCUCCGUCUCCUCACAGCGACCUUCUCCUCCUCAGACUCGUUAGAUACGGUAGAGAGGUUUAUCAAUUGCGUCGCGACAAUGAUGCCUUAGAAGCGUAUAAGCAGUUCCUCUUACCCUUCGUGUGCGGAGAUGGGUAUUUUACAGUUGUUUGCACAUGUAAUGGGCUGAUUUGUCUCGCAGAUUUGUGGGAUAUCAUUUUGUGGAAUCCUUCCAUCCACAAACAUUUCAUUUUGCCCAUGUCUGUUUUGUCCUACGGGUUGACUUCUCUAUCUACCCUAGGUUUUGGGUUUGAUUCAAGAACAAAUGACUACAAGGUACUCCUGUUUGUGCCUAAGAGCUCCUCUACAGAAAAUUUGACUGAAGUUUGGUUGUUUUCCUUAAAUGGGUGUUAUUGGAAAAAAGUUAGUGAAAUUUAUCCAAAGCAUGAUUGGUCUAGAUGUAAGCAGGCUAUUGUGAAAGGUGCUUUUCAUUGGACUACAUGUUCGUUUAACUCGAAUGGUGACCUCUUCUCACAUAUGAUUUUGGCUUUUGAUAUAAGCACCGAAAAGUUUUAUGCGAUGGAUUAUCCCGAAACUUUAGUUCAUUUUGCACACGAAGUGCUAUUGACUAAAUACGAAGACUCUAUUGCAGUGGUUACGCAGAAUUUUGAUGACGGUCAAAUUGAGUUGUGGGUCAUGAAGGAUUAUGGUGAAAGUAGUUCGUGGACGAAGGUGUUACAUUCCAUUGACGAAAAUGGAGAGUUAGUUUUUGGUGUUGAAUGUAUUGAUGUGUUUGGGGUAAGGAAGAAUGGGGAAGUCUUAUUGAAAGUGGAAUGGGUGGAUGAGGAUGAUUACGAUCUUGCUACACUAAAUUUGAAGUGCCACCAACAGGAGCAGGAGCUGAAGCUUGUUCAUGGAAACAAGGUGGAGUAUGAUGAUUUAUUUGUUGGGAGCUUCAUGGAGAGCUUAGUAUUACUUGACAUAGGGCAAGGACAUAAUGUAUGAAAGUGCUCUAUCUCUGGUUUUGAUUGAAAUUCUCCUUCAAUUCGUUUAAUGCCCGAAAGCUAGAUCUUUACUUAUUACGAGUAUAUAAUUUGAUAUGCAUUAUUUAUACUGGAUUCGGGCAAUGUGUUUUUAUGGUGUUUUUUUUUUUUUGGAAACAAGUGAGGUUGGAAUUAUUGGGAUGUGUUUCUCUGAUCAUAUCGUAUCAGUUGAAAUCGGCCUCUUCAACUUAGUCAUCCUUCUUCUCUUCUAUUAGGACCAAACCAGAUCCCACCUCCAACUGCGCAUCUUUUUCCUCUGUUUCAAAGAAAUGUCAUCCUCUAGA